ACCCUCAUACCUCACUUUGUAGUCUCUUAGUCGACUCUCCUCCCCUGUCGCCUAAAACCCUAACCUUAAUCCAGAUUAUAUUUUUCGGGUUGGACCAAACCCAUUUCGGAUUUCGGUUUGGAGGGUUUAUGAGCAUCAAAUAGUUUGAACUUUGUAUUAGUUAUUCGAAGUAAUUUUCGCUAACUUCUUCGUUUGCAAGGUGAGGAAGACAACCAGCUUAAGGAGGAUCAUACUGGGCCCAUAAGGUCGGUCAGUGAAGAUUAAUCAAACAUUCAAUUUCUUCGAUCCUUGUUUCGAGCUGCUGAGUUAACUGUUUUUCGAUCCAUAUGCACUUAGUGGGUCGGUGCCGAUUCAAUAUUUAUUGCAAGAAUGGGUAAAUCUGUUAAGCGAUCGAGAAAAGUACAAACCCGUGAUAUUAGUUCAUACAGUGAUGAUGAUAUCACACAUCAAUGUCAUAAUGUGGAUAAUGGGAAAUAUGGUAUUGGAGAUGAUUACACCAAUGGAAAUGAUAGCGAUGAUAAUGAUGAAGAAGAAGAGGAUGGCGAGCACGACUUGGAUAUGGAUGCCAUAAAUCAGGACAAUGAGGAAGACAUGUCUAGUGCGGAUGACAGUGAUAGUACCGCGGAGGAUGAUGACAAUGAAAAUGAGAGUGAUGAGCAGGAUGGUGAGGGUAUGGACAUAAAAACAGAAGACAUCAAUCAUGCCGAUAUGGAAGAUCUUGAGAAGGAGUACAAAGAACUUCGCCAUGAGGAACAAGAUCUUUUUCGCAACUUACGACAUGACCAAGACGAAGAUCUUCAGAAAGGCCAAGCAGUUAAAAAUCAAAGGGCUCUCUGGGACAAAACUCUCGAGUUCAGAUUUUUGCUGCAGAAGUCAUUCUCAAGUUCGAAUCGACUUCCACAGGAGCCAAUUAGAUCUGAUUUCUGCAAUUCUGAUGAGGGAGUUAAUGAAGCAUAUUCAGGCCUAAUUGAUUCAGCUAAGAAAACCCUAGAUUCUAUCCUUAAAUUGCAGGAGGCAAUUACAGAGAAGAAUCCAUCAAUUGUAGAAGCAGUUGAAGAUGGUGCUGCAAAAAGUUUUACAAGCUUGGAGGCUUCCAACCACUCGAUAGAGGGAGAUGAAGAAUGGUUCCAGAUUUCUCAAAUGCAAUCAAGAAUUGCUCCUUUUAGAGAUAUGUCAGUUGAUAAAUGGCAGAGGAAGACACAGGUGACAAGUGGUGCUGCCGGCAUGAAAAACAAGUUUCAAGCUUUCAAUCAGAAUAUCAGUGAACAAGUUGCAUCUUACAUGCGGGAUCCAAGUAGAAUGGUCAAAGGGAUGCAACAGAGGAGAUCUGUUGUUCCAGUUUUUGGAAAUGUUUCUGACUCAAAUCUUAAUAACGAUGAGGCAAUAAAUGCUGAUGGUGAUCCUGAAUUACUUGACGAUUCCGAAUUCUAUCAGCAAUUAUUAAGAGAGUUUUUUGAGACUGUUGAUGCCGGAUCAUCUGAAACUGCAUUUUAUGCUCUAAAGAGACUACAAACCAAAAAGCGCAAAAUCGUUGAUCGGCGUGCUUCUAAAAGUCGUAAGAUCAGGUAUCAUAUUCACGAGAAGAUUGUGAAUUUCAUGGCUCCCGAGCCCAUGAACAUACCUCCUAUGGCCACUAAGCUGUUUGAGAACUUAUUUGGCCUCAAAACGCAAAAACUUGCUUCAGUAUCUUAAUCCUAAUGUAUGUGUAAGGCACUAUUAUUGAUACGAUUUUGUAGUGGUCUCUUUUCCCUUGAACUUGUAGGGCUAUGUUUUUUUUACACUUGAUGCCAGUGAUUACAUAGUAUCCCAAUUUGGAAUUUUUUCCUAUGUAAUGUGUUUUAUAUCUGUUCAAAAUUUAGUGAUUUCCUCCAA